CCGCACCCAGCGCCGACACAAUUCCAUGUUCGCCCGCAAGUCGUCCGAGAAGUCGAGCGGCAGCAGCGCCACAGCGCUGCCGAAGGAAUUCUACACACGCCCAGAACUAACCAAGUCGGAGGCGGAGUUCCUCGGGUCGAUUGCGACCAAGAUGUGCUUGGAAGUGAUCGUUUCCGCCCAAGAGAACGGCGGGACAGUCAAGUGGAAGCACAAAACCAACAAUCGGGACGGCGUGCACAUCUUUCAGGGCGAAGAAUUCGGCGGCAACGACAAUCUAACGUACGUGUGCGGUGUGAACACGAUUCGAGGAACGUUGGCCGACAUCACAGAUCUCUUCCACUUCACGAGCGACGAAAAACUUGCGUCGUACGCACGCGUGUUCGAGCCCGACCUCAUCGACAUGUUUACGAUCUACGACAUCGUAACCCCGUCCCCAGAGAACCCCAUGCACUACAUUGGUGUGCGAUGGAGUGCCAUCGAAUCGUCCAGUCCUCUCGUGAAGAAUCGCGACUUUUGCUACCUCGAGUGCCAAGACGAAUUCGUCGACACGCGCACCAACAAGCAAGGGUGGGUGCGCUGCGUCCACUCGAUCAACAUGCCGCGCUGCUGCCCAUCCAUGGAGAAAUCAUUUGGAUUUGUGCGAGGCAGCUACUACCGGUCCGGGGUUGUCGUAGUCGAGACAAACAAGCCGGGCGUCGUCGACAUAACGUACAUCCUCCAGGUCAACUUCAAGGGGUCCGUCCCCGCGUGGUGGCGCCAGCAGACGCUCCGUCGCCGGGUCGCAAGCAUCGGGCGGAUCGAAAAGUUCCUCCAAGGGAAAAAGCUGAGCGAGGGGCGCAUCCUCGGCGACAUCGACCUCCCGCCGAAACAACACGUCGUCCACUGCCACCUGUGCUCGCGCCGAUUCGACCACGUCUUUACGCGGCGCUAUCGAUGCCGCAAGUGCGCCCACGUCAUUUGCAAGCACUGCAGCGACCACUGGUACUUGCAAUUGCCCGUGUCCGGCGAAAAACGCGUCCGCAUUUGCACCAUGUGCGCGGCAUCGUCGUUGAACUCGACGGCGAAUGCGGCCAUGAUGAUGUCCCCGAAACGAUCGGUGCGACCGCCCCAGUUCGUCCCUCCUCGACCUGCGUCCACGUUUGCCGCAGCGCCACCGCCCAACCCAUCGCCAUGCCAUCGACGCCCCACGUCUACUCCAAACAUUCACCUGAUGGAACCACGUGCGUGUGCGCCAGCGACCCAUGACCCAUAUCGGCGAUUGCCAGAUGGCCCAUCCCGCCGCGAAGACGACAAUGAAAGCGUCGACAGCCAAACAAACCAUUACAGCUACGACAGCAGCGACAACGACUCGUUCCAGGACUCGAGUGUGUACGAGACGAAUCCGUUUGAGCGGCAGCUGCAGCAACUCCAACACGGGCAAGAAAUGCGCCACCCAACGCACCAGAGCUCGCCAGCCACCUCUGCCGCAAGCUGUCCCCAAACCGGUCAUGGGACGGUGCCUCAACUCGAGCGCCGCAUGCGGGCGCGCGGGGACUUGAACGAAUCGUUCCUCGAGAGCGUCCGGAGCAUCAACCUCGGACGCCAUGGCGCCGCCGCCGUGUCUGGCACGGACUGGUUCCAUGCGCAAAUGUUUGGCGAGGCCGACGUGAGCUUGGACCCGCUCGAUCGAGAGUGGAGCAAAGUGUUUGGCCAGCACAAGGCGGCGCCGCGGCACCCGCCAGACUACAACUCGUGGACAGCGUACGACCGGAGGUCGAGUGGAAGCCCCGAGUCGGUUCCUUCGAAUGCACUGUCGUCGCAUGCUUCGACCGGGUUUCGAUACUCUGUCCAAGUCCCGCAGCACACCUCGCCUCCACACCAAGCAUGCCCAUAACGUUGUUAACAAGGCACCCCGCCGCGCGCCAUGGACGUCAAGCUAUUGCGAGCCACGACGUGCUCGCUUGCUCGUAUGGA